CGUCUAUUCUGAUUAGUCGGCCCAGUUUCCGGUAUCAUAUCCAAAAUGGCGGCUACCCUGGUGGCGCAUGUUGUCGCGGACGCUGGAGCCUUUUUAAAGAAAGCUCCGCUGCAGGACAUUGGCAGCAACAUCUACACAUUGAGAGAUGUGGUGAAUGAAAUCAGAGACAAACCCACCAGGAAGAGCCUGGCCUUCCUGCCGUACCAGCUGACCUUUAAGGAGCCACAUCCUGAGCACGUCCGGCUGGUGACAGAGUUCUCCAAGAAGACUGGAGACUACCCGAGUCUGUCCGCCACAGACAUCAAAGUGCUGGCUCUGACCUACCAGCUGGAGCUGGAGCACGUCGGCUCCCAACACCUGAAGAAAGAGCCGGAGGUCAAGGUGGAUGUUCACAGCACACAGCGCCACCCAGAGACUCCAGUUAAUGUAGCAGGGUUCCACUUCCCCUCCAAGAAACAUGUGGACAGUCUGAGCGUCCAACAGACGGAGACAUCAAGCAAUGACGAGUUCAACAGCUUCCAGUUCUGGAGAGAACCGCUGCCGUCCAUCGACACCCAGCUGCUGGAGCUCCUGGAUCCGGUGGCAGUUUCAAACCCGGAGGUCCAUCAGAACCAGACGUCUGCAGCUGCCGGUGACGAGUUCAACAGCUUCCAGUUCUGGAGAGAACCGCUGGCGUCCAUCGACUGUCUGCUGGGUCUGCUGAAAGUGGACGAUGUCGCCACAUCGCAGAGCAGGUCGGACACGCCUCUGCAAACGGAGGACCAAUCGGACGACGAAGACAAAGAGAACGAGCCUGAAGAGGAGGGAGGGGGCGGAUGGAUCACUCCCAGUAAUAUCAGACAGGUGAAGAUGGACUCCGCUGAUUGGACGGCUCCGGCUGAUGUUAAAGUGGGAUGUCUUACCACCGACUUCGCCAUGCAGAACGUUCUCAUUCAGAUCGGUCUUCAUGUUCUCUCUGUCAACGGGAUGCUGAUCAAGCAGGCGAGGAACUACAUCCUGAGAUGUCACGCCUGCUUCUGGACGACCAGCAUCAUGAACAAAGUCUUCUGUCCCCACUGUGGGAACCCCACGCUGAAGAAGGUGGCUGUGACGCUGGGACAGGACGGGAGCACCAAGAUGCACUUCUCCAAGAACCCCAAGGUCCUGAACCCCAGAGGGCUGAGGCACUCGCUGCCUCUGCCUCAGGGGGGGAAGCACAGCAACAACCCCCAGCUGGUGGAGGAUCAGAGCUUCCCCCAGCAGAGACUGUCCCGUAAAGCUCGCCAGAAGACGGACGUCCUGGACCCGGACUACGCGGCCGGGGCGUCGCCGUUCUGCCAGAACGACAUCUACAGCCGAGCGGCCAACCUGCAAAUCAGAGACGGCCGGGGCGGCGGCGGCAGGAGGCGGAGCAACCCCAACGCCGCCCACAAGAAGUUUGUGAAGAAGAAGUGAAGAGCUCAGGGACCUUUGGCCUCCUGGAGACGUCCUCCGGGUCCUCUUAGUCUCGCAUCCAAACUAGAGUCCAGAAGAAACGACAAGUCCUUUAAACAGAAAACUCUACGUUAAUAUGGUUUAUGAAUCUACUCGAAUAAAUAUGAUCUCAAGACUCCUUUA